AUGGAACAAAGAGCCAGUAUACCUCCAGGGCUGCCCCGGGACAACCCCAUCCAAAGUUACUGGCAAGAUCCCCCCGAUGAAAUCGCAGAUCGUCGAACAACUGCAGAUCUUCCCGACGAGGUCGAUGUCGCCAUCAUUGGCUCUGGGAUCAGCGGCGCCUCUAUAUCCUACAACCUGCUCUGCUCGAAUCCAGAUCUCAAGGUUGUGCUUCUAGAGGCUCGUCAGGCCGCCAGUGGCGCCAGUGGACGCAAUGGAGGUCAUACUAAGACAGCUACCUAUCGGUCCUUUCUCGAUAAUGUUAGAUCCAUAGGCGCGGAAGACGCCAUGAAAAUCACCAACCUGGAAUACCACUGCAUGGUCUCGGUACACCAAUUCGCCCGUGAGAAUAGCAUUGACUGUGACUCCGUGAGAUGCCAGACCGUUGACGUCUUCUACGACGAGAGGCAGUUCGAGACGGCCCGAGAAUCGGUCUCGCUAAUGGAGAAGUUGAUGGGGAAGGGAAAGGCUCCGGAGCAUAUUUUCCACGACAGCCAGGAAACGGCCGAGAAAUUCCUGGCACCAAACAGUGUGGGAGGGCUUGAGUACGAAUCGGGGAGUCUGAGUGCCUAUAAAUUCACCACCGGCGUGCUAAAGCUCGCGUUGCAAAAGGGGUUGAAUCUGCAAUGCAACACUCCUGCGCAUAGCAUAUCCAAAUCUACCAUAGACGGGAAAUGGACCGUCUCGACACCACGUGGCAAGGUCAUAGCCAAAACCCUCGUCCUCGCUACAAAUGGCUAUACUGCACGCCUGUACCCAAACCUGCAAGGCGUGAUCGUCCCCCUGCGAGGGGUAGUGACAGCUCAACGCCCCGGGCAGGGCAUGCCGCAAAGGGGUCUGGAAACGACGUACUCCUUCGUUUACAAUGAAGGCUUCGAAUACAUGAUCUCCCGCCCCGCCGGCUCUAAAUUCGAGGGUGACAUAGUGAUCGGAGGCGGCAUGCACGUUGCAAAAGACGAGGGAACGUCUGAGUAUGGAAACACCGAUGAUACGACCUAUGACGAGAACAGCGCAGACUAUCUCUUAGCAUGCACGGAACGAUACUUUGGCGCCAAGAAUUGGGGUACAGACAGCCCUGAGGGCCGGUGUCGUCGAAUCUGGUCCGGUGUCAUGGGUUUCUCGAGCGAUGGGUAUCCCUUUGUAGGCCCCGUGCCUGACGAGGCAGGGCUAUACCUGGCUGCUUCAUUUCAGGGGCAUGGCAUGGUCUUGUGUUUUCUGUGCGCAAGGGCUGUUGCGAGCAUGAUUGAGGGGAAGGAUGACGAAGAGCUGAAGAGCUGGUUUCCCACUUGUUACAGAGUCUCUCUGGAGAGGAUGAGGAAGAAGUUUGGAGGCCGCUUGAGGGCGUCAGGUGCGCCUGAGCCACAGCCCGUUGAGAACGGAAUGAAUUAG